AUGGUGAAAAUUACUGAAAGGUUGGCUGAAGCUGAUCAGUCGACCGAAUGGCCUACAAUAGAACUUGACACCCCGGAAGUGAAGAUCUACUCUCGGCCGCCGAAAGAGUUUCCAACUGCUGAAGAAAAAAUGCUGCUGACUAUCACUAGAGUUGAAGUAUGUUGUUUUAAACUACUCGUACAGUAUAGCACCAAGUCUUCAUAACAUGUUUUUACUUAUAUUAACUAUAACAACUCUAACUUUAUAUUGCUACUUUAAAGGCUAACAUCGAAAAAGUGUUUACAUUAUCAUCGAACACGGAAGGCUACCGACAGAAAUGGGACGACUUAUUGGAGAAGCAAGAAGUAGUGACAAAGCUGAAUGACAAUACAUGGAUCACUCAUUCCUAUGUCAAGAAAAAACUGAUUUUGUCAGCUAGAGACGCGGUGGAAGUUUUACAGGUAUGGUAAAUAAAUUACAGUCAAUAUACUUGAGGAACAGAGCUAAAAAAUCAAAAAUUUUUAAAUUUGGCAGAUUGUAGCGUGGUAGAGAAAAAAAAGAAGGUAGCAUAGAACCUGUAUUUUAAAAAGAGCUACAUAUCAUGUCUUUUGUGUAAUCCUUUUUGAUUUAUAUACCUUUUUAUUACAGGUAAAACGUCGAGACGAUGGCGUUAUAAUCAUGGGACUUCAAGGUAUUGACUACCCUGAACGUCCACCAACCAAGAACUAUGUUCGCACAAAACAAUUCAUUUCUGGCACUUAUCUAAAGCCUGUCGGCGACAAUUGCACUGAAUUUAGACAUGUGUUAGCGGCUGAUCUUAACUUACCCGUCCCGAAGCUGAUGGCUUCAAUGGCGGCUUCGUUCAAGCCUAAACUAAUUUCGGAGUCUUUGGGAAGUUUGAAAAAAGCUGCCAAGACUAUUAAUGUAAAUUGA